AUAAUGCAAUUGUCAAAGCGGGGAUUGAUUUGUUAAUUGUUUUCUAUUACACGUUUGUUAUCAGCAAUUUGGUCAUUAACAGUCAUUAUUAGUCGUACUUGAGAGCGGUUCGAUAAUAUUUGUUUAUUUUUAUUUGUGUAUACAUCCGCUGUAAAUACAAACUCAUAAUUUGAAAAUAAUACAUGUGAACGAUUAUUGUGUAACCCGGCACAGUGUUUUCUUUUUUUUAUAGAAUUUUAGGUCAAAUUCACAAAUGUCGGUUAAGGUAAAGCGAUGGUAUCGCUCCAGGCGCAAUCAGUUUAUUAUAUUUAUAAUACUAAUACUGUGUAUUAUUUAUUAUAUAAGCUUACAUGACAGCUUGCAAAGGGAGCCUGAUCUGGAUUUGACUCGAAGAAGUUCUGUGAUUAUGUAUAUAGAGAAAAAACUGGAAGAAGCAUUGAGAGAGGACAAGGGUACCGGCUGUGAGAUACCACAAUUAGACCCAUUCGCGAAGGAGGUCACACAAUUUGAUAAAACAUUUCCGAAAAUAAAAUGUCCGGGGAAAGAUUGGGUCAGGUGCUAUCUUUCAGAAUGCAAAGUAGUCGAAGAAAUACUCUCGACAACCAGCGACAUACUAUGUACUUACCAAGAUAUAAUAUAUCAUAACGAUUUUAAAUAUAAGUUGGGGCCGCCAACCGAAGUGAGUGGGGACGACAUUUAUACUCUAGACAGGAGUGACCAUGUCAAGAUAAAAUGUGUAGGAACACAUCAUAACAGUCUUUUACAUUCAAAAUGGACCGGCUACGCUGUAGGCUUCCGGAAGUCUGUAGAACGGCGACCAUCGCCGCCCGACAGGAACGACACGCCAAACGUCUUAAUUUUUGGCUUCGAUUCCACCUCCAAAAACGGUUUCAUUCGGAGGAUGCCCAAGAGUUACCAGUAUAUAAUGAGGCACUUGGAGGGGACUCUCCUAGAAGGUUACAACAUAGUAGGGGAUGGUACGCCAGCGGCCUUGUUUCCUAUCCUCACGGGGAAAACCGAACUGGAGCUGCCUGAUGUGAGAAAGGCGACAAAAAGCAAUGAGACUCUCGACUCCAUGCCUUUCUUGUUCUACAAGUUGAAGGAGAUUGGGUAUCGUACAGCGUAUUUCGAAGAUAUGCCUUGGAUAGGGACCUUUCAAUACCGGUUCAAAGGUUUUCUGAAGCAGCCGGCGGACCACUACCUGAGGGCUUUCUAUCUCGAAGAGUCAAACAAUGGGAAGAAAUUUUGGGGUCGCAACAAAUACUGCGUGGGCGACACACCACAGUAUCAACUUAUGAUGAAUAUUACUGAGCAGUUUUUCAAACUAGACGGCAAGAAGUUUUGUUUCACAUUCAUAGCCGACAUAACUCAUGAUAAUUUCAACAUGAUAUCGUCCGCUGACGAAGCUUUCGUAGAGUUCCUGAAGGGCUUGCGCGAGAGAGGCGUGUUUGAAGACACCAUGCUGUUCAUCAUGGGGGACCAUGGAGCAAGGUACGCGUACAUACGGGACACGUUACAAGGCAAGCUGGAGGAGCGCCUGCCGCUGAUGUACGUGCAGCUGCCUACGGGCGGGGGGGCGGGGGCGGGGGCGGGGCGGGCGCGCCGCGUGCUGGCGGGCAACGCGCGCGCGCUGAGCACGCCGCACGACGUGCACGCCAGCCUGCUGCACGCGCUGCGCCUGCCGCCCGCGCGCGCGCCCGCCGUGCGCGGGGCCGACCUGCCGCGCGCGCUCAGCCUGCUGCAGCCGAUCCCUCUCAACCGCUCAUGUAGCGAGGCGGGAAUCGAACCCCACUGGUGUGCUUGCCUCGCUUGGAAGAACGUGUCGCAAGACGAAAAUAUCUACUGGCGGACGGCACAAGCCUUUGUCGACCACAUCAACAAAUUGACAGAGCCAAUGAGGUCUCGCUGUGUCCCGCGUACAUUGCUUUCGAUCAAGUGGGUGAUGCGUCAGAUGGCCAACAAACGGUUGCUGACCUUCUCAGCGGCAAAAGAUGCUGAUGGAUACACCGGAAACUUUAAAGCACACGUCGAAAUAGCUAAAACGAACUACCAAGUAAAGGUUGUUGUUAGCCCCGGAGACGGCUGUUUCGAGGCGGUUGUCACUCAUUAUGUAAAAGAAGACAAAUUUGUGAUUGACAACCGGGAUAUAUCAAGGAUAAACAGGUAUGGGCAGGAACCAAGCUGUGUCAGCGCGAGUCAUCCACACUUAAACAAAUUCUGCUAUUGCAAAGAAUACCUAAACUAAUAUGUAUAGAAAGCCAAAGAAAUAACUUUAUACUAAGCCAAUGAAAUAGCGAUCUUAUGGCGACGGUUCAAGGUCACAAAUCGAUUGAACUAUUCGUAGUUCUUGUUAAUAUUCCUUUUGAGUUUUUAGUAACUUUACCAUUUCAAAAUUGGACUUUAUAAUUAUUGUAAUACGACUGAAAAUAGAAACGUGUGUUAUAGUUACUUGGAGGGCAAGUUAGAUAAUACAGAUGCUCAUUGGAUGCAAUGAGAAAACCAAAAUUGCUUAUUCCGGAGUUUCUCGAGAAAGAGCGAGUGAUGAAUGUUUAAGAAGCAUAUAAUAUUAUGCCUGGACUAGUGAUUAAACUCUGUCCGUUUUAAGAAGAAACAUUUGACUAGCCAUAAAAUUAACCGAAAAAAA